AUGGCAGGGCCCGGGCGUGCAAGAGGCUCCCGCCCGGCGGGUCCUGGAGGCUCGGGACAGCCGCACGCGCGACGGCAGCAGCAGGCGAAGGGACAGCAGCGCUUAGCCUCACGGCCGGGACAGCGCAGCAAAGAAAAGAAGAAAGUGAAUUGCAAGCCCAAGAAUCAAGAUGAGCAAGAAAUCCCUUUCCUGCUCCGAGAGAUUAUGAGGAGCCGACAGGAGAUGAGAAAACAGCUCAGCAACAAGAAGAGAAAGAAGGAGGCCCAGGCGGCUUUCAAGGAGACACUGGAAAAGGAAGCAAAGGGGGAAGAAGAGACAGACAUCGUUGUCCCCAAGUUCAAGCAGAGGAAGGGGGAGUCUGAAGUGGCCUAUGUCCAACGCAUGGAACAGGAGGCCCAGCAUGUGCUGUUCCUUAGCAAGAACCAGGCCCCUUGGCAGCCAGAGGUGCAGGCAGCUCCCAAGAAGGAGAAGUCUGAACGGAAGAAAGCGUUCCAGAAGCGGCGUCUUGAAAAAGCCCAGAAGAAAAGGGAGGAAAGAGCAGUGGACAGGCUGGAGCAGGAGCUGCUGAAAGAUACUGUGGAGUUUGGAGAGGUUGUGCUACAGCCCCCGGAGCUGACGGUCCAGCCUAGACGGAGCAUUGGCAGAGAUGCGCCUAGCAAGAAGUCUCUAAUGUUAAAGAUGCUUUUGGGCGCUGGUGGUGGGUCCCUGACUCCAGCUACCUCACUGGCCCACCAGCGGAUUCUGGGGGAAGAGCGGGAACGGGCUGUGCAGGCUUACAGAGCCCUGAAGAAGCUGCAGCGGCAGGAAGUGACAUCUGCACGCCCGCUUGGCUGCUCUUCUCAGAGGAAGCUGCAGACUUGUCUGUGACUCAGAGACCCAGGGGACCAAUGCGCUGGAAACUGGCCUGCUAGCUGCUAGACCUGGCAGAGGGAAAGACAG